GAGAAAAGCAAGUUGAUCAGUUUGGUGGUCCAACCUUAAUUACAGCUCAGGACGAUUAAGAAGACGAGCGGCUCUCUCUCCUUAAACCCUUCUCUGUCUCUGUCUGCGAAGUGCAAAUUCCUCUCUCAACGUUCAGUAGGCGCAGGAUAAGGAACCUUUCGCCCCAUAUGCGCAUCUAAUCCCUCACCUUUUUCCACCACCUAUGGGCUCCACUUCCACCCUCUCUCUCUACUCUCGCCCACAGGUUUCAUUCCGGCCACAGAUGUUCAGGCAGCGCCUUCAACCCCGUUUUGUGACCGGUUUCGGCUCUGGCUAUCACCAACUGCUGUUUCCGGAUGCAACUGUUUCUGUUUCGCUUGUAAGCAGAAGAAAAUGCUUUAGGUUCGGACGCUUGGUUGUCAGGGCCGCUUCUAGGCCUGAUGGAGCUUCGCGGCGCAAGACGACUGGUCGGAGAGUUUACAGUGAAGCUCAGGGCGAGUUAAUACCUGCUCCGUUGAAGCAGGUUGCGUCGUUUGUUGCGCCGGUUGGUCUGUUUUUUGCGGUUACUUUCGUUUUAUGGAAAUUGGUGGAGAAACUACUGAUUCCAAACCCAGCAAAUUCAGCAAAGGCUUCAUCUGUAGAAGAAAAAUCUCCCCCACAAGGAUUGAAUUGGUCAUUUGCAGCCGGUACAAAUCUUUUACCAGGUCUCAAGGCUAAGAUUGAUAGAGAGUCCAAGCAGAAGCUCGAUGAAUUUGCUAAAGAACUGAGGACGUUCAGCAGUGUUGACAUGUCAGGGCGCAACUUUGGAGAUGAAGGACUAUUUUUUCUUUCUGAGAGUUUAGGAUACAAUCAGACUGUUGAGGAAGUAAGUUUUGCUUCAAAUGGAAUAACUGCAGCUGGAAUCAAAGCUUUUGAUGGUGUUCUUCAAUCAAACAUUGUAUUAAAGACUCUCGAUCUUUCUGGGAACCCUAUUGGAGAUGAAGGAAUUAAGUCCCUAUGUGAAAUGCUGGUGGACAAUGCUAGCAUUCAAAAACUUCUGCUGAACAGUACUGACUUGGGUGAUGAGGGUGCAAAGGCUAUUGCAGAGUUAUUGAAGAAAAAUUCAAGCUUACGUGUUCUUGAGCUUAACAACAAUAUUAUCGACUAUUCUGGAUUCACUAGUCUUGCCGGAGCACUUCUUGAGAAUAGCACGAUACGAAAUCUACAUCUCAACGGCAAUUAUGGUGGUGCUCUAGGGGCUAGUGCUUUUGCAAAGGGAUUGGAGGGGAACAAGUCUCUAAGGGAACUUCACUUGCAUGGAAAUUUUAUUGGAGAUGAAGGAGUACUUGCUUUGACGUCAGGUUUAUCUUUGCAUAAAGGGAAGCUUACACUUCUAGACAUUGGUAACAACUCAAUUAGUGAGAGAGGUGCCUUUUAUGUUGCCGAAUAUAUAAAGAAGAGCAAGAGCCUGUUAUGGUUGAACGUUUACAUGAACGACAUAGGGGAUGAGGGAGCGGAAAGAAUUGCAGAUGCUUUGAAGCAGAACCGAACGAUAACAACCAUAGACCUGGGUGGGAAUAACAUCCAUGCCAAGGGCGUCAGUGAGAUAGCUCGAGUGUUGAAAGAUAAUUCUGUUAUUACAACUUUGGAACUUAGUUAUAAUCCUAUUGGACCAGAUGGAGCAAAGGCUUUAUCUGAAGUUCUCAAGUUUCAUGGAAAUGUAAACACUCUCAAGCUUGGUUGGUGCCAGAUAGGGGCAAAGGGUGCUGAGUUUAUUGCAGAUACUUUGAAAUAUAAUACUACCAUAUCCGUUCUUGACUUGCGGGCAAAUGGGCUUAAAGAUGAGGGUGCGGUUUGCCUAGCUCGCAGCUUGAAAGUAGUUAAUGAAGCUUUAACUUCGCUAGAUUUAGGAUUCAAUGAAAUAAGGGAUGAUGGUGCUUUCGCCAUUGCUCAAGCACUAAAGACUAAUGAAGAUGUGACAGUCACAUCUUUGAACCUUGCCAAUAACUUCCUGACAAAGUUUGGACAGAGUGCUCUGACGGAUGCUAGAGAUCACGUUUACGAGAUGAGUGAGAAGGAAGUCGACAUUUUUUUCUAGAUAGAAGAGCAAUACUAUGCGAAUAAUAUGUCGGAACAAGACAAUUUUUUGUUUUUUCUUUCCUGGCGGGUAUUGGUUCUGAUUCUUAAGCUUUUAGUUAAAAAAUGCAUUUAGUGAGGAAAAUUUGAAAAUUUUGACGGUGAUUGAGUUGCAGGUCUCAUCAGCGAUAUUGCUUUAUAAUUUAUAUAAAUUGUUAUUCAGGUUCUCAGUUUUGUUAUAUGAAAUUCUACUACAGUUUUCAAGUAA